AUGUCUCGACAGAUCAUUGCUUCGUCGCGGCUACUGAAAACCCCGCAUGUCGCGACGCUUUAUACCAGGUCUUUUAGCGGUCGAAGUUUGAUUCUUUCAAGACCGCUUCAUCAUAAAAGUGUUCUGCAGCAAAAAUCACCGCAAUUGUCGACUCCACAGCUUGACGAGUACAGGGGCUAUUAUAAACAGCUUCAAGACGCCAUAAAUGAAGUUCCUGAGGCUCUAGCGUCAAAAUCCACAGCCCUGAACGCAUUACACUCCAGACUUAGACUACCCAAGACUUUCCCAAAUUCAACGCUUGCAAGAUGUCUGACGUGUAGAUCUUCUCAACUCACCCCAAAAAAUAGUGGGAGCUCACCGGGAUCAGCAUUCACAAACACGGUUCCCACGAAUAAUUUCUGCGACAACCACGGAUUGAACAUUUUUGGUAAAAACUUACUGACGUACCACGUCUCACGUCAAAUAAUGGCUCAAUAUCCACGUCUGCCUACUGUGGUGCUGAAUGCUGCAGUAGACGCUUACAUUUCACAUAACGUUCUGGCUAGCGUUGGCAAGUCGUGGGGUAUCGAACUUGAAAAUACCAGCGUCAUGGACAGAUACCUCAAGGAAGAGCCCAUUCAGCUCACAUUAGGAAGACUGAGGUUUUUCAAUAACAGUUUGAAGCGUGAAGACGGAGUUGAAGUCAUUGCCGGUCAAAAUUUCUCCGAGGAAGCCGCCUACGCGCUAGCCGUGAGAAGUAUCAUUGGUGCUCUUUGGGCGUACACCAACGAAACCAAUCCUGCAUUAGCGUUCAAGUUUAUCGACGACCAUAUUCUGUCCCGUAAACUCGACGUGACCAAAAUAUUUCAAUUUGAACAUCCAACUAGAGAGCUCGCGGUCCUCUGUCGCCGUGAGGGACUCGAGGCCCCCGUUUCAAAACUUUUGGCCGAGUCUGGUAGACAUUCUAAAGCUCCAGUUUUUAUUGUGGGCGUUUUUUCUGGCCUCGAAAAACUCGGUGAGGGUUUUGGAGCAUCUUUGAAAGAAGCUAAAGCCAGAGCCGCUACUGACGCAUUGACGAAAUGGUAUUGCUACGAGCCUGUCAAGGGCCAGCCUUCCGUAAUCGACCAUGGUGCGGUUAUCGUUUGA